GAUUUCAGUAAGGUGAUGUACACUGUGGAGUUCACACGGCUUCACUUGGGGAUUUCCGUAUACAAAAAUUAAAUUUUCCAGUUUUUUUUUUCGGCACAAAAAGUUGAAAUUUUCUUUUAACUUCAGGACAAUUUUUUUCUUCUAAAUUUGUCAUGUCUAUGUGGCGAAAUAUUCUAGGAAGGGUGCGGCCCCAAGCAUUGACAGGAUGCAAAGGUUUUGGACUGUCUCGCAGCAUGGCAUCCAAGGAUUUCGUGGAUUCACCCAAGUGUUCCAAAGUGGAUAAUGGAGGCUGUCAAAACAAAACUCAGUGCAGCCCUAAAAGUAUAGCUAAGCCCAAGAAAGAAAAGGAAGAACCAUUCCAGUUUCAUCACCUUCUGAAGCAACCGGCAGAGUGUUGUGCCGAUCCCUGCCCAGAAAGAUUCCCCACCUUUGACGAGUGCCUGUACAAGGAGUCGGAUAAAGCUGCCCGCAAGUAUCAGGUCACUUGGGUAGAGUGCCCGCCCAUUCAAAUUAAACCGAAAAAGAUCUGCUGUUUUGAAAAAGGCAAGCGGCCACCAAUUCCACGACGCAAACGUAAGGAGCCGAAAGCCAAGUGUGAGGAGGAAGUUCAGUGUCCAGAGGAAGGCCGUUGUCCGAAGAUUACUUUGCCUGGUUGCAGACCUGCACGUAACCCGGCCCGUUGCGUGGUCGUUCGCAAACAUGCCGAUUGUGUCAAAGUGAAGGCCCCCUAUCCAUCAUUCUCAGAAUGCCGACGUCCGAAACCGCGCCCGCUUCGCAAGGUCGAAUGCCAAUGCCUGUCAAUUCCGUCCGUAUGCGAUGUGAUGGCGUACCGCCGUGGUCUGGAGUCAGGUGGAGGACGACGCAGUAACUGUGGAAAGAAAUAAAUUAACCCGGCCAUGUUCAUGACGCAGUCUUCUAAUUCCAAUGAACAUCACCUUAUUAAUAAAUAAAUUUUAGUUUUGAACCAAAAAA